AUGCAAAUGGCUCGAGUUUCUGGAUUAAUAUGGGCGUGGUUGCUGCUUUGUGGAAUAUGUAAUGCGAUAUCCAAUGAGAGUUUGCUCAAGGAGGCUCGUAAAGGUGGCAACAAUAUAAUUGAUGUAUCCGGUAAACGUUUCAAGCGUAUCUUGGAUAGUCCAAGGCAGUCGUACAUUUUGGUGCAUUUGACAGCUACUGCACCACAGGUGGGCUGUUCCGUUUGCUUGGAAACUGCUGAAGAAUAUAAUACGAUUGUCUCGUCAUGGUUCAAGGAUCAUCCCGAUGGAAUCUCAAGAAAAGACGGUGAAGACUCGCCCCGAUUGUUCUUUGCGAAAGCCGACUUCAAGGAUCCACAAAAUAUACCAGAGAUUUUUACCUUUUAUGGCUUGCAACAUGUGCCAAGAUACUUCUUGUUUGCGCCAGGUGGUGACAUUCAUACCUACCAAAUCAUUGAACUUUCAGGAAACGCUGGUAUGGAGCGUACUGUCAAUUUGAUCAAUUCAAUUAGAUCAGCAACAAAUAUCAGCGAUUUUACAAUGCACCAGCCAACUGAUUGGUCGCUGCCAAUAAUUUCUGGUGUUGCAACUUUUAUUUUGGUAUUUAUUGUGAAAAGACAUUCUAACUUACUAUUUACUAUUGCAGCUUAUAGACCUCUGUGGGCUAUUUUUUGGACAUCGUUUAUCAUAUUGAUGCUUGGAGGCCACAUGUACAAUUCUAUAAGAAAUGCGCAAUUAGCUGGCGUUGGUGGUAAUGGUGAAGUCAUGUAUUUUAUGCCUAAUCAGACUCAAAAUCAAUUCAAGAUCGAAACACAGAUUGUUGGUGUUGUUUACGGUGGUCUUCUCAUUAGUAUGGUUUCAUUGGUCUUGGGAUUGCCUCAUUUAAAAAAAUUUAUCAAGGACUCGAAAAGUUUACCAAUGAUCGAAUCUUUUCUAAGCAUUUUACUUGCAAUCACCGUUUACAUUUUCUUUGCAGCUUUCACGGCUAUGUUCACUAUCAAACAACCGGGAUACCCAUUCUCUCUAUUGAAAUUCUCAUCACUUUUCAAAUGA